GAAGUGGGCUCAAUCGUUAAAAGGUGACUCCAAGUUAGCUGAUUAUAUUCGUUUUGGUGUACUUUUGAUGUGGGAAAAAAGUCCCAAUUUUUAUAUCACUGCGUCGCUGCCUUUAACUCCACACAUUCGUUCGGACGCAUUUGGACGUCGCUUUUAAAGAACAAACAUGAACGAAGACGCGUCUCGUGCUGCCAAUUCUCAAACGUCUCACGAUGGUGUCACUGCGGAUGUUGCACGAGCCAGGUGGACCCUCCUCAGACAGGUUUUGCGUCAGAAGCAGUUGGACAACCCAGAGGUCAAACAGGCGUCUGUCCGCAGAUUUGCCACCUUCGACCUCUUCAGCAGGACGAGGCCCGUAUCCCUCAACCCCGACGACACCCCAGAGGAACAGUGGGUGGAGUACAGAAGUGUCUUCUUUCCGGACUACUGUGCCUUUCUCAGGGACAACCUGGGUCCUCUUCGAGUUAAUGAAGUGCUCAACAGCUUUGACAACACCGGCAAUGUCUGUGUGUGGCCGUCAGAGGAGGCCAUGGCUCAUUACUGCCUGCAGAACCGUCACAUGUUCACGGGCGCCGUUUGUGAGUUAGCAGGAGGGAUGACCUGCCUCGCUGGACUCAUGGUUGCAGUUUGUGCUGACGUGAAGGAAGUGCUGCUAUCAGACGGCAACGAGAAGUGUAUUAAGAAUGUACGACGAAUUGUCGAGAGAAACAAGCAGGCGGGGAAAUUUGGGUCAACGCGGGUCUCUACCAGGGUGCUGAGGUGGGACUGUGAACUGGACAUAUCAGCUUUGGAAGCCCAUUUUGACGUUGUCAUGUGUGCAGACUGCCGCUGCCUCCACCCAAGCAGCCCACUUCCUUGUUGUUGCCCGCCGCCCGCUCUUCCUCCCCGAGUGGAUACGCGUGGCGAACAAAACCAAACACAAACUUCUCACCUUUCAAGUUUGUUUCUCGACCAGUACAGAAGCAGCCUGGUUGAUGCCAUAAGGAGAUUACUGCAACCCAACGGCGUGGCGUUUGUGUUCGCCCCACUCCGAGGUGACACCCUGCAGACGUUCUGCCAUCUGGCCCGGCAGGCUGGACUCCUGGUGGCCCAGCAGCAGCGGUACGAUGCUCAGGUGUGGGACGUGCAUCUGAAGAUGCUGCAAGAAGGCAGAGACGCGUACGACGAGAACAUCCACUACCCGCUGCUCCUCACGCUGACCAAAGGAGCCGCAGCGCAGUGAAGCGACCAAGUACGGACUGGGUUUUACACGCCGGUGGCGGGGAUAGCCGUGGUGCGAGCCUUAGCGUUUUAUCAACACUGUGACCCGCUCGUGAUCCCCAGUGAGGAUCGAUAUCAUCGCACGUCGACAUAUCGGUGGCGCUGAAGCUCUGCUGUAUAGUGCUACAAAUAUGUGUACUUUUUGAGCCUUCAAAUGUUCUGGUCAUCGUCAGCUCUCAAGCCAGUUUGGUCACGUUACUACUGGGCUUAUUAACACAGUAGUUACAUGGCCCAUAAUGUAAUAACCACCCAUAAUGUAAUACAUUUUGUCCUUUUUCUGAAAUAUAACAGGCCCAUAAUCUAAAAACUGGCCAGUAUCGUAAUAACAGUCCUGAACCUAUCACAUAAAAAUUGUACAAUAUUGAUAGUACCAUUAUUUUUACAUUACGUAACUGACCAAGAAAAUAAAACUUACGUGUUAUUAGAAUAUUACAUUAUUACAUUAGGUUCCGUUCAAUUCCUACUUGGGCAAUUUUUUUUUUCACAGCCGAACAUUACGUGACAGGUUCAGGACUUUUAAUGCAUUAUUUGACAGAUAUGUGAGCUUGUUACAUUUAAAAAGGGGGGAAAUGUAUUAUGUUAUGAGGUUGUAAUUGCAUUAUUGGCCCGUUAUUACAUUAUGGGCUUCUUCUGCACAUGGGACAAAGGAAAAGUCACAACAAAAAGUCACUCGCGGUCACUGUGCCUUAUUUGAUUUUUAUUUUGUAUUUUUCCUAAAUAUGUACCCCAUGCCCUCAAAGAAAAAAAUAAAUAGUAGUCGUGCCAAAGCCACUGAUGUCACUCUUAAAAAAAAAAAUGGGAAUCAUAUCUUCACUGUCAGGUGUGAACAUCUUCUGUCCAAAUUUGGUCAAUUUUCCCCCUUUUUUUUUUUUUUUUUUUUUUUACUAUGAUACCAUUAGCUCGCCUCCGCGUGGGUCUGUCAUUUUUCCAAACUAUUAAGCAAUCAAAAGUAUUGGAAAGUGCUCGCUCUCUUUCAUGCUGUAAUGUUAAUGCUGUUAACAUGAAAACGGGAAGGUUUUGGUGAUGCGCGGAAUCUGUGUUUCACUGUGUACUUAAAUCUAAUUGCGUUAUAAAAUUGACUUCAAGAA